UUUCUGCUUGCUGUACCGGUACAGCCAUCACCUUGUACCGGUACAAGCUGGCAGAUUCGUGGCAGCAAGGUUAGUUUGGUAAUUUCACAUUGGAUACCUACCUAUUUGAUCCCAGCACGACUCUGGGACUUCAGUGGAGUAUGCAAGAGUUCUGGGAAAGCUUCUUUUACCUUCUUCUCUCUCUCUCUCUAGGGUUUUUCUCUCUCUACGUCGACUUCGCCGAUUUCGCUCGUUUUCGUCGCCGCGUGCGUUCUUCGCUGUUUGCGAGCGUCGCAGGGCCUACGUGGACGUGUGAGGGAGUAUUUUGGAGAGUUUUUCGCAGCUUUGAACCAGCAGGUCACUGGUUGGAAGCUGGAGAAGUUUGGACUUGUUCCUCCGCAGCAGGUUCUCGAACCACUUGGAGCUUAUUUGGUGACCUUGGAAGCUGGUUCGGAAGGUAUUCUAACCUGAGCGGGAGCUCGACCGACCUUUGGGUCAUCCUUGGUUGGCUUUGGGAAGCCUUUAGAGACUUAAUUGGAGCAGCAUUGGGGCUUCGUUGAGCCGUUUGUGGGACUUCUUGUGGAUAAUUGGAGCCUUGUACUAGGUGGGUCGGACCUAACCAGAGCAAGUGAAACUCCUCUAUGUUCUAUAUGUAUUAUAGAAAUGGUCUUAUUGUGUGCUUAUGUGAUUGUUAAAAGGCUCGGAACUCGUCAUCAUGACGUUUGUCAUAUGUGAAUGAGCGUUCAUGCAUAAAAGUACUCAUGCAUUCAAGUAUUUUGUUUUGUUCAGUAGAACAACUAAGAAUUCAGUUUAUUAUGUUUCUAUGAUAUAGAGAACAUAUAUACAUGAAAGUAUUUACAUUUAUAUUCAAUUCAGUUGAAUGACUUAUGAACAA